AUUGCUAAACCUCACAAUCUUCUUGCCUAUAAAUCAAGGCAACCCUCCCUCUAGUGAAACCUCACAAGUUCAUUACUAUCCCACUUCUUUUGCAGCAAUGGCUUCUUCUAUCAAGCUCUCUGCAACACUUCUUAUAUUCACCAUCCUUCUCUACUCUUCAAGAAUCUCCAGUGCGUGCGGUACAUGCAAACCUGCACCGGAACCACCAAAACCACCACCAACACCACCACCCUGCUCACCACCUGCAGCAGCACCACCAGUACCGACACCAACACCAGUGACACCGGCACCAGCACCAGGCACCGAGACUUGCCCAAGAGACACGUUGAAGCUAGGGGUUUGUGCGGACCUUCUGGGGCUUGUGAACAUUCAACUUGGAUCGCCGGCAACCAGUCCCUGCUGUGCACUGCUUGAAGGCUUGGCUGAUUCAGAAGCUGCCCUUUGUCUUUGCACCGCGCUGAAGGCCAAUAUUCUUGGUAUUAACCUGAACGUGCCGAUAUCUUUGAGCUUGCUUCUUAGUGCUUGCCAGAAAAAUGUCCCUCCUAGCUUUCAAUGCGAAUAAGGUGAUUAAUCUUGUGCUUAAACAGUCUAAGUCGUCUUUAAAUUAAUGUUUGAGUAUUGGUGUUUGUCUGUUUUCACUUUGUCUUGCUUUGUACUUUAGUCGACGUAUGUGGGAGUAAUGCUGAAUUUGGUUCAAUAACGAGGCGAGCCUGUUUGCCUGAAUAAAUAUUCAGUAACUCUUCUUGUCGUAAU